AUGGCCAGGUAUAGGCUAUUUAUUUAUUUUUUAUUUUUCGUGAUUACGUUUAAGUCAAAUUCGGCAGACCGAGUGCACUUUGAAGAGGAAAGACAGAGAUGGAACACGCCGCCAGAGUUAGUUCCAGUGGGGAGUGAGAGAAAUGAAAAUGAAAAUAAUUCAGACAAUCCUCAAGCGAGAUUUUUACCGUUCACAGCGAGCUUUACCUUGAACACUGGCGCCAAUAAUGCUCAUUCUUUGAGCGUUGGAGGCUCUGAUGAGGGAAUUAGUUUAUCACAAAGUCAAAGUACCAGCUCGAGUUUCUUUGAAAAUUCCAGGCCAGGGAUAUCUGCAAGCCAAUCAACAUCAUUUUCAGCUGGACUCGCGGGUAUUUCAGCAUCUGAUGCAAACUCAUUAAGCUUAAACCAUCCAAUUUUCGGCAGAGAUGGUGGUAAUUCUGCUAACAGCAAUUCUUAUUCUUGGGGUGAAGCAAGUUCUUCGUCCGCGGGAAAAGUCGUCAAUAAUCAGGCAAUUACGAGCGCUCAAUCGAGCGUUGGCUCAUCAUCCAAUUCCGUUUCGUCGGGUGCAUCUUCAAGUGCUGGAAAUUUUGCUUCGUCUGCUUCGAAUGCUGGUACUUCAGCUAAUCGUGAUCAUUCUUCGUGGAACAUUCACCCGAAUUAUCAAAAUCAACAUAUCAAUAACCCGUACACAAGGCCUCGAGAAAUGGCCAGUAAUUUCCCACAAAAAUGGGAACAAAAACUGCCAGAGCCAUCAUCAAAUAGACACUGGUCACAAAAUCAUCAACAGAGCCAACAAAAUCCCUCAUUACAAAUUUCAGGUGUCUCUGCAUCAUCAUCAGCGUCAAGUUCAGCUAAUGGUCAUUCAUUUGGUCAGUCGUCUGUAGGCAGCUCCUUAGGAGACAAUGGAAAACCAUCGUCUUGGGUUCACAACCGUGUAGAGUCAUCAGGAAAUGCACAGAGCCUAGCUCAAGGAAAUGCAGCUACCGUUCAACAAACUUCAGAUAAAGUUCACGGGAGUUUUAGUUCUGGCGCUAUAUCUGCAAGCUCUGUUGACAAUGGCCAUGCACUCGGAACUUCGAUCUCGGAUAAUCGAGGACAUUAUAAUCGCGGUCAAGUUACUGGACAGUCUGCUGGAAAUUCAGAUAUUCGCGGUACUGCUAAUGCUGGAACUGUGUCACUUAUUAAAUUUCCCGAUAACUCAGCGCCGAGGGAAUUCAUUGAAAGCAGAUUCGAGGGAACUGCUAAUAAUAAUGGAAAUAGUGGCCAAUUAAUGAAAAGAAGACCGAAAAUGAGACGUAGAAAUCCAGUUGAUAGAUUUUUAACAGAUAUUACUGAUACUGUUGUAGAUUUAUUUGAUAUUUAAUUAACUU